UUCAUUACAUAGUGUUGUUUGAGAAUUAUUAGGUGUGGAUUUUUUUUAAUAUUUUGCAGUGCUUUGUUAUUGUAUAUUGAAAUAUUUUAUACACCUGCUUACUCACUACAUCGUAAUUAAAUUAUAUUAAUAAAAGUGUUUACUCCUUGACACAUCUUGAUGACCUGCAGAAAUAAUUUAGUACCGUACAAAGUUGUUUUUGCUUUUGAUAAUCGAAGUGAGAUAUGUAACUAUCAAAUGUAUAGAGCAAUCGGCUUUUAAUUAGUGAAAUUAGAACUUAAAUGUUCUAAGGUUUUAAACUAUUUGAUACCACUUCGAACAAAUGAUUGACUAGUCAACAAGUAUUAACGCUUCUUAAAAUAAAUAAUUUAAACCAAAAAUGAUGGGUCCAAGUUCACAAAUUAGUAAAAUAUUACUGACGCUGCUGAUACUUGUAAUAAUAUUUUUUAUUGCAAUGGAUGUGCAGCUAUAUCUACGUAUUCAACAUUAUCCCAUUGACCGAAACUAUCAUUUUAAUACUUCAGUGGAUCCAACUGAUGUAAACAGUAUCAAUUCAUAUGAACAACAAACAUGGCUAUCAUGUGAUUACAAUCCAUUAUGUCAUGUUACAGUUAAAGCAAUUCUACUUGAUCAUACCAACCACUAUUUAUUUGCACCAUUGGCAACAUUAUUCGACAAUGUUGUUGGUUUUUCAAGAUCUUUCGUUUCAGCUAAUAUGAUAUCGUUUUUCCAUGUAAUUGUAGCGUGUAUAUCGGGUAAAUUAGUUGCAUCUAGUAGUCUCGGUUAUCGUCGAUUGGGUGUUGUUCUAUUUCAGUUUAGAACGUUUCUAGAUGACUUAGAUGGACAUGUUGCAAGAGUGAAAAAGAACAUACGAGGUGAGCGAUCAGAAGUAGGAACAUCUGGAUAUUACAUUGAUGGUAUAUGUGAUGGAUUGGGCUGUAUUGCUCUUCUCUUGGGCGCUUUCAUAUAUUUAAAAAAUAAUCCACCACGUAGAGGAUAUUCGCAAUUACCAGUUACUGAAUCCAAACUUCCAGAACCUGUUGUAAGACAAAAACCUAAACCAACAGUGAGAAAAGUUGCAAAGAAAGUUAUUAGUUUUACUGGUCAAUUAUUACUAAGCUCAACAGCAUGGAAUCGGUAUAUAGCUGUCUAUCAAGAUUCUCUUGAACGCACCAAUGUUUCUGCAGUACAAAUGGCACGUCAAAAUACAGUCUUCAAGUCUACCUGGUUUUUCUGUGUUGCUUGGAUGUGGCGAGUUGUGAAUGUACAUUCUUUGGUGCAUUGUUUUCUAUUAAGCAUAUUUUGUGAUAAAUUAUGGGAGUUUUUAAAAAGUAUUCAAUAUAUCGGAUACGUUAUUUUGCUAAUUGCAAUAUGUAUAACAGAAAUGCACAUUUUAGAAACAAAUAACUUUAUUUUUAACUCGUUAAUUGUAAAUAAUCAGAGCUCAUGAUUUUACCAUAUAUCUAAAUGUAAACUAAAUCGUUUUAGGCAAUAUUUAAUACUAAAGGCUCCUAUUAUAGUUUUUAAAUAAAAUUUUAAUAUAUAUUGAAUUUGUAAAUUAACAAGUGUUUUUGAAUAGCUGUAAAAUAAUAUUAAUGCCUAACAUAAUUUAUUGCAUGUAUUUGUUUAAGUUUUAAUUAUCAACGUUGUGCUAAAAGUUAAUAUUAUGUUAUAUCGAUGCAAAAUUUAACUUUUUAACAUAAAUAAACAAAAGUUUUUGUACAUUUGCUGUCAACUUUUUACUGGAAAAUAAAUGUGAAUUAAAUUUCAGUAUUGUAUAGAUCUUUUUUCCGCAAUUUUGCCUGAAGAACAUCAUUC